AUGUCAAUCCCGUCCACGCCAAGAUGGCCUGCAGAUGAGACUGGUGUGCCUGAGAUAGUCGGUGACGAGUGCUUCGGAGACUUGGCGGACAAGCUGUGCCAAUUUUUUGAGCAUACUAUCAAAACGCCGCAUACUUUCGAAGACUUGCGUAGAUCGCAAGAGGGAAAGGCCCUUCAGCCUCUCAUCCUAUAUUUGUCUACCCAAGUCGAUCACCCUGCCCUCGUGUCAGCUCUCCUCGCCCUCAAAGGGCAUUUCUCAGCCUUGGAGGAAGCCAGCGACGAACCUGGUGUAAAUGAGGCGCGAGGCUAUGCAUGCGAAUUCGUCGCCUGGCAGUUCUUGACGAAUCUGAAAGAGGCAGAUAUUAUCGAGUCUUUACUAGUAGAACUCCCGCCUGCAACAGCCCCGAACACUCCAGAUGCAUCGAGCCACCAUCAUACGUACGAAGACGGACGCGAUGUCCCACAUGCGGACGAGCGGUCGCCUCUGCUGCCAGUAUCCAAUGGCGAUUAUUUUGGGCACACAGACUCUUCCAGAUCUCGCUUCGGCUCAUUGAUGUCGCGAUGCGAGAACCUAAGUGCGCUGGAACUUGCGACUGUAUCCGGUGCGAAAAAGUUCCUAUCACAAAGACCAGUCCAGAAGAUCAUCAACGGCUUGUGGAAGGGCGACAUCGUGUUUUGGGAGACCCUCAAUCUACACUCGGAGAAGAAACCGAAGAAAUAUAAUCGGAAACAGGCCGAUCCAUUCUCACGUCUACGCGUCCCACUAUAUCUGAAAAUAUUCGAGACACUGUUCUUUGCGGCAUUCUUAGGACUAUACUACGCAGUGCUGGUGCAGCGCAACAACACCAGGGUCACCGUCCCUGAGAUACUGCUUUACGUAUGGAUUGCCAGCUUCGCAUACGACGAAUUUGCCGACUGGCUUGAUGCGGGGCAGACUUCCUUCUACGCCUCGGACUUCUGGUGGACUUGGGACAUCAGCAUCGUUGUCGUCGGCUUAGUGUUCUGCAUUAUGAGGAUCGUUGGAUUGACUACGUCCAACGCUGCAACCAUCGAUCUCGCAUACGACGUACUCGGACUAGAGGCUCUUUUCCUUGUGCCGCGCAUCUUUGCUCUCUUGAGUCUCAAUCGUUACUUUGGAACCCUCAUCCCAUGCCUCAAGGAGAUGACCAAGGAUUUCGUCAAGUUUUUAUCCCUUGUAGUAAUCUUGUAUCUAGGUUUCUUGACUACUUUCGUACUGCUAGCUCGUGACAGCAGAUUCAACCCCAAGCAAAUGGCAAGUUGUUCCAUCAAGAUUACCAAUGUGCAAUUUAUUGACUCGUACAUUGUAGAGUUGGAUCCUGAUUAA